AUGCGUCUCUUCCUGAUCCCGAUAUCGACGGGCCGCACGCUCAUCUACUGCAAGAGACUCGACGCCGCGGUGCCGGCGAAGCAGCUGAGCUAUCUCGACCGCAUCACGAACAAGGCGACGGCGACCUGGGCCAAGUGGGAGACGGCAGAGAAGGGAUGGCAGAAGACGCUGGUCACGUACGGCCAUCGGGCGCUGCAGAGGAUACCGUACGAGGAAUGGGGGCUGAAGAGCGUGCCGCCGCUGAGCUCGCGGCGGGAGACGGAAGAGCUGCGGACGAAGAAGCCAGUUGAGCUGCUCUAUCCCAAGAAUGCGAUCCAGACGAGUAAAGUGCUCGGCCUGCUGCAGAAGCUCGCGACGGAGAGACAGCAGCUUCACAGGAAGCGGAUGUGGUGGAGCAUCGUGGUUGCGCCUUUGACGGCUCCCUUUGCGCUGGUCCCGGUGAUACCUAAUAUACCCUUCUUCUUCUUCUGCUACCGCGGCUGGUCCCACUGGAGAGCAUGGGGUGGCUCGAAGCACCUGGAGUUUCUGCUCAAGGAGAAUCUCAUCCAGCCUAGAUCGCUUGCGGACCUGGAGAACGUCUAUCUACGGCACUACCCUCACAGUGAGGGUGCGAAGACGACUGAUGAGAAGGCCACGGCAGAGUGUGCAGACGGCCACUGCGAAGAAGUGAUGCUGUUGAAGGAUACGGAUGGCAGGGCGCUCGCAAAGAUGCUGGAUGCCCCUGAGCUCGUCGCCGAAGUCGAGCGAGCCGUCCACCAGGUCGAACAGCAGCUGAAGAGACCUGAUCAAACGAAGAAACCCGACCAAAAAGAAGCUGACGAGAAGAACGACGAGAAGAACGACGAGAAACGGUGA